GAAGAAGCGGCAGACUUUACUACAACGAGUGGCUGAAGGAAAACAAUUAGUUCUGAAAUUUUAACUGUUCUCAAUCAAAAAGUAUAGAUCUGAACUGUUACCCUAUAAUGACCGCCACCAAACUGAGGAGGGCAGCAAUACGCCAUAGCUGCAUCUAGUCAGUAAGAAUAAAAGAAGACGAAGAAGAAGAUGACGACGAAGAAGACGGAGGAAGAAUUCUCGGUGUAAGGUUUGGAUGUUUCGGGAGCUCCAACAACUAGUUUACUUCAGUGACGUAGAACAAGUCAACUAAUUUACUUCAGUGACGUAGAACAAGUCAACUAGUUUACGUUAGUGACGUAGAAGAAGUCGACUAGUUUACGUUAGUGGCGUAGAAGAAGUCAACUAGUUUACUUAAGUGACGUAGAAGAAGUCAACUAGUUUACGUUAGUGGCGUAGAAGAAGUCAACUAGUUUACGAUAGUGGCGUAGAAGAAGUCAACUAGUUUACGUUAGUGGCGUAGAAGAAGUCAACAUGGUCCAAGAGUUCCACGUCGUGAGGUGCUUCUCGUGCCAGACCUUUCAGGUGCAGCAGGUUAAAAAGACCAAGAAAUGGAGCUGUAAGAUGUGCGGAGAGAAGCAGUCUCUGGUCAAGGAGUUUGGUCGGGGCUCCGGGCUGGACUGCAGACGUCACGUCCAGAAGCUGAACACCAUGCGGGGGCAGAUGAUGGACGAACAGGCGGCUGGCUUCAUGUGGCAGGAGCCAGAGGACAACGCAGCUGCAACCUGUGAGAACACACUUCAGCAGGACUACCUGAAAAAGGCUGAAGAGCCUCAGGUGAGCCGCUGGAGUAAAUACCUGGACGCGUCGGUGGGAGGGCGGGACCAAGAGGAGCAGACCGAUGAAGAGGAAGAGAAUGUUUCUACUGACAGGAAACAGCUCCAUGGCAAAAGGAAGAGGAAGAGAAGAGAUGCAUGGACGGAUGGAGGACACGGCUCCGCCAGCGGGACGGCGUCACAGCGGCCAGUGCAACGAAACACCUCCACCAUCGCACUCGCUCCGAGGGACGAGCCCAUCGCUCAGCCAGCCUUUAGCCAACCAGCAAGUAGAGCAGAUCCAGGCUACACCAGUUCUACCAGCGGGGCGGAUCCAGGCUACACCAGUUCUACCAGCGGGGCGGAUCCAGGCUACACCAGUUCUACCAGCGGGGCGGAUCCAGGCUACACCAGUUCUACCAGCGGGGCGGAUCCAGGCUACACCAGUUCUACCAGCGGGGUGGAGCCAGGCUACACCAGUUCUACCAGUACACACAACACAGGUGCCUCAUGCCAGCCCAGACCAACUAGCACUAUGACUGCGUCCAAAUGGACUUGGUUCUUUUCUGCUCGCUGUCCACAGGAAGAUGGACCCAGUACUGAUGACCUCCACUCUGGUUCGGGGUCCUGUGGCGAACCAGUAGGAGGACUGGGUGGGGCUGGCAGUGUGACGGCCUCCAGUAAGCUCAAGGCAGUCGUUGGCAUCUGCCAAUCUGAAGAAGAAACCACUGGGAACACGACGCCCACCCCCAUGCCGAUACUGCCUUCGUUUUCUGAAGCUGUCGGUCAGCAGACUCGGCCCACCAAGCGGUCGUACGCCUCGCUGCCUGCCAGCUCAGUGUUCUCCAUGUUCAGCACAGGAGACGACUUCGACGACAUGUGGUAAUGUUUGUGUUCAAGCUGAAGUUUAAAGCAACUCCACAUUCAGCCGAACUGACCCGAGGCAAGGCGAGAGGCCAUCUGGACUCUGGAGGACAGGAAGGUUCUACCUUUGAGCGUUUAACUGACAUCCUUAUCCAGAUUCGCUCACUGUCAACACAACAG